CGUCUGCGUUGGACUUUGGACGGAGCUCCGCUUCGAAAACCCAAAUCGAGAUCACUGUCCCUUCCGUUCCCAUUUCAGAAUUUUACUCCACAAUCCGAAAGUCUGCAGUUUUCAUUUUUCCCUUCCAUCUUUUUGUCCAAGAUCACAACUUCCCCUUGCAGCAAUCGAGCUUUACUCUAUGGAAUGGAAUCGAUUUCAUUCAUUUCUCAGAUCUCUCGUCUUUCGCCAAUUACCAGCCCUACAAUCAUGAAUUUCUAGCACAAAUUCCCAUUGCAGACAUUAGAGUGAGCAGCUUCGUUUGUAUCAAUGGCGGGUUCCUCUCUCAUGGAAACUCUCUUCCAGCGAACUCUGGAUGACCUUAUCAAAGGCCUCCGCCUCCAACUCAUAGGAGAGUCUGCUUCCAUUUCGAAGGCCAUGGACGAGAUUCGGCGCGAGAUCAAAUCUACCGACCCUCAAACUAAGUCCACGGCUCUCCAAAAGCUCUCUUACCUCAACUCCCUCCACGGCGUCGAUAUGAACUGGGCUGCUUUCCAUGUCGUUGAGGUUAUGUCAUCUUCUCGCUUCAUCCAAAAGAAGAUCGGCUACCUCGCUGCCUCCCAAUCGUUUCAUGAAGCCACCCCUGUUCUCCUCCUCAUCACCAACCAGCUCCGAAAAGAUUUAACUAGCACCAAUGAAUUCGAGGUCAGUCUUGCUCUUGAUUGUUUGUCGAGAAUUGCAACUGUUGAUCUUGCUAGAGACUUAACCCCUGAGAUUUUUACAUUGCUGUCGAGUAGUAAGGUCUCUGUUAGAAAGAAGGCAAUUGGUGUGGUUUUGAGGGUUUUUGGGAAAUUCCCAGAUGCUGUUAGGGUGUGUUUUAAGCGUUUGGUUGAGAAUUUAGAUAGUUCGGAUCCUCGAAUUUUGUCAGCAGUUGUUGGGGUCUUUAGCGAGCUUGCUUCCCAGGACCCUAGAUCUUAUCUUCCAUUGGCACCCGAAUUUUAUAGGAUUUUGGUCGAUAGCAAGAACAAUUGGGUGCUAAUUAAGGUGCUGAAGAUAUUUUCAAAGUUGGCUCUACUAGAGCCAAGAUUGGCUAGGAAAGUUGUUGAACCUAUAACUGAGCAUAUGAGAAGAACGGGGGCGAAGUCAUUGUUGUUUGAGUGCAUUAGGACUGUGGUUACUAGCUUGCCUGACUUUGAAUCGGCAGUUAAACUUGCGGUUGAGAGAACUCGAGAGUUUUUGGUUGAUGAUGAUCCAAAUUUGAAGUAUCUUGGAUUGCAUGCUCUUUCAAUCCUUGUGCCAAAACACUCGUGGGCCAUUUUGGAGAACAAAGAGAUCGUAAUCAAGUCUUUGAGUGAUGUGGAUCCAAAUGUUAAACUUGAGUCCUUGCGGCUUGUGAUGGCUAUGGUUUCUGAGAGUAAUGUAGCUGAAAUCUGCAAAGUUUUGGUGAAUCUUGCUCUUAAAUCUGAUCCUGAGUUCUGUAAUGAAAUUCUGGGAUCCAUCUUGGCCACAUGUGGGGAAAAUGUAUAUGAAAUUAUCAUCGAUUUUGAUUGGUAUGUGUCACUUCUUGGUGAAAUGUCGAGGAUCCCGCAUUGCCGAAAGGGGGAGGAAAUUGAAAAUCAGCUUAUAGAUAUUGGUAUGAGGGUCAAGGAUGCAAGGCCUACUCUUGUCAUGGUCAGCCGCGAUCUGCUUAUUGAUCCGGCAUUGCUUGGUAAUCCUUUCAUGCAUAGGAUACUAUCGGCUGCUGCUUGGGUGUCAGGGGAAUACGUGCAAUUUUCGGGCAAGCCAUUUGAACUCCUAGAGGCACUGUUACAGCCUCGCAGUAAUCUCUUGCCACCAUCUGUUAGAGCAGUCUAUGUUCAGUCAGCGUUUAAGGUGUCAAUCUUUUGUUUGAAUUCUUACAUUCAAGAGCAAAACAUUGACUCCUCUCCAUAUGCUGAUAAUUUGGUAGAGAGUAGUUCAGAAUCUCUUUCUGCAAGGGAAUGCCAAGAGGCUUCUGCUUUAGCACCAUACGAUACUUCUGAUAUUCGUGAACAGGUUGAGGAGUUCAACCCAAGGGGGUCUAAUCAACCACUGAAAGUUACUUUCUCUGAAAUUGAUAAGGAGACCCUGUCCCGUGUCGAGACAUGUACAUCUGCAUCGUUAGAGGAUAAUAGUUCACCUCUUGGAUCGAUUGUCGAAUUGUUCAAUUUUGUUCAAUUUUCUUUGGGCCCUUUAACGUGGAGCCAGGAUGUUGAAUUACUUGAGAGAUCUAGAAACUUGCUCAGUUUGAUUGAGUUAAUUAGGCAACAGAUUCCUGAUGGUCUAAAUCAAAAAUAUGGAAGUUCAGAAAUGAAACUUGCUGAAAUCUCCAAAAUAACUGAACUGAUUCUUGAUGCCUUCUCUGACGACUUUGGUCCGAUCUCAAUAAAUGCUCAAGAAAGGGUUCCAAUACCUGAAGGAUUGGUACUCAAGGAGAAUCUUGAUGACUUGGAAACGAUAUGCAGUGAUAUUCAGCUACCAGAAGGCUCCUUUUCUUUUGGAAGUUCUCUCCAUGAGGAAAAGGUUGAUUCAUCUAUAUUUUCUCAACAGAGCCAGCAGGAAUCUGAAUCAUCAAAUGCAACCACAUCUCUUCUCUCCGAGCACCGGAAGCGACAUGGACUGUAUUAUCUUCCAUCAGAUAAGACUGAUGAUGUCUCCAAUGAUUAUCCACCGGCAAACGAACUCAAGUUAGACGAUAAUCUGGAUGAUGAUGCUGCCCAUCUUGUCAAGCUUGCAGAACGGUCACUGGCAUUAAAGAAAAAGUCUAAUUCAGCUAAGCCUAGGCCUGUGGUGGUGAGGUUGGAUGAAGGAGAUGAAUUGCCCAUUACGAGGAAGAAGCCCCAGUCGAAGGAUGAUUUGCUUUCUGAUGCAGUACGUGACGUUCUUGUAGGCAGCAAUGCGAGGCCUACUUCCUCACAAACAAACCAAUCUUCCAAGCCCUCUAGCAGGAGAAAAGGAAAGGAGAAACAAAAUGCUGAUGAUCCUUCUGAGUCAAAAGAAAAUCUGGGUGAUCUUGAAGAGCAAUUCAAUAAGAUAGAUACAAGUUCAAGAAGAACACAUCGACAUCAUGCAAAAGAUGGCAAACAAUCAAGUCUAGAAAAGAGUAGUGAGAAAAAGGAUCAAGUUCAUAAGAAAGGCAAGCGAACGAGUAGUCAGCGGCACGGUAGGCAUAAAGCUAAACAAAGUGGGGAUGCUCCAUUACCUGUGGCUUCACAGACGGUUAUACCCGAUUUCCUUCUAUAGCUCUAAAAACCCGAAUCAGAUUCUCCGCAUAAAGUCCCGGCAUCAAUGACUGGUUUGAUUUCCCAAUUCUGAAGUGCCAUGGUUAGUUCUGCUGUAAAAAUUUGUUGAUUUUUUGGUCAAUGUCUGGGGUGCUUUUAGAUUCAUUUUGUUACAGAAUGGAGGUCCAUUUCAGAAACAGAGUUUCAAAUUUGAGAUCAUCUGGUUUCUGGUAUUAAUAUGAAACAUUUUUGUUAAUUUGUGUAUAUAUUAUGGAGUGGUGGUUUCAAAUUUAA